AUGGCGCUUGCGGGAGUCAGAAAAAGGGUCGCCUAUUUCUAUGACCCAGACAUUGGGUCUUUCUACUAUGGCCCCGGUCACCCCAUGAAGCCACAACGGAUCCGGAUGGCGCACGCCCUUGUGUUGUCUUACGAUCUGUAUAAGCACAUGGAGGUAUAUCGACCCCAUAAGUCCAUCGAGCCCGAACUGUGCCUCUUCCACUCACAAGAGUACAUAAACUUCUUGUCGGCUGUCUCCCCAGACAACUACAAGGAAUUCGCGUUGCAGCUCAAGAGUUUUAACGUUGGAGAAGCCACGGACUGUCCGGUGUUCGACGGGCUCUUCACCUUUCAGCAGGCGUGUGCAGGUGCUUCCAUCGACGCUGCGAAGAAGUUGAAUUAUCAGCAGGCGGACAUUUGCGUGAACUGGAGUGGAGGCUUGCACCACGCGAAGCGGUCGGAAGCAUCGGGGUUUUGUUAUAUCAACGACAUUGUCUUGGGAAUUCUCGAGCUUUUGAAAUACCACGCGCGUGUUAUGUACAUCGACAUUGAUAUACACCAUGGCGAUGGGGUGGAAGAGGCGUUCUACGUGUCUCACCGGGUGAUGACGGUGUCUUUUCACAAGUUUGGCGACUUUUUCCCAGGAACUGGCGAUAUUACGGACGUUGGGGCCUCUCACGGAAAGUAUUAUGCGGUGAACGUGCCGUUGAACGAUGGGAUGGAUGAUGAUUCUUUUGUGGCGCUCUUCAAGCCGGUGAUCACUCGCUGCAUUGAGGUGUACAGACCUGGGGCGGUGGUGCUGCAGUGCGGGGCCGACUCGCUCACGGGUGACAGGCUGGGGAAGUUCAAUUUGACUAUCAAGGGGCAUGCAGCCUGCGUGCAGUUUGUGAAAUCCUUCAACAUCCCUAUGCUUGUGCUGGGGGGCGGCGGCUAUACCAUCCGCAAUGUUUCGCGCUGCUGGGCAUACGAGACGGCGGUGGUCCUCGAUCGCCACAAGGAUAUGUCCCCUCAGAUUCCUCUGAACGACUACUACGAUUACUAUGCCCCAGACUUCCAGCUGCACCUCACGCCGGCGCCUAUUCCGAACUUGAAUAGCCACGAGCACUUGGAGAAAAUCAAGGGCCGCGUCCUCGAAAACCUAGGGUUUCUUGAACACGCACCUGGCGUGCAGUUUGCCUACGUACCACCUGACUGUUUCGGGGAAGACGAAGAUGAAGAUGAAGCACAGCAGCUCGUGGUGGAGUGGGAGGGCGGCGGCCGGACGGCGGCAGCCAUGCAGGGGGCCCCGCAGUCGUCUCCCACGCAGCCAGCACAGGGCGGAAAGCUGAGGAGGAAAGACUACGCUUUCGACUUCGAGGAGCUGCCCGACAGGGAUCAGAAGGUCCCCAUUUAG